GUGAACCAGGGAAUGCUUCGAACGGGAGAACUCGAUCUCUAGGGCAGCGCUCGACUAGAGGACCUCGGUGGAGAUCGAUGACUUAAAGUGACGCUAUCCCAACAGGUUAGCUCUCGGACAACAGCUGGGAAUUCGACGCUCGAUCGCUGCAGGUCGUUUACGCCAAUAGAUAAUAACCAGAUCUGAGUUUGAUUCGAUCCUUUCGAUUCCAGCAUGGGUUUCAGCAAAGAAGCUAUAGGAGCAUGAGGUUCAGAAAACGAAACGAUGCGGUCCUGGUUAGACGAUGGGAAUUCUCCUUCAACAUCUACUUCACCCUCUUCACAUACUGUACUUCCUCAAGUUCCCGGGUGCUCUACCUCUUCUUAUAGUGGUAAUAAUGUUUGUCGGUUGUUAGCAUGGAGGGAGAUUUCUCCACGGGCCAAAAACUCAUCAAGAAGGCUGUGGCGAGAAGCUUCUAAAUGCAACAUUGAUUCUUCCGGGCCAAAGUGUGAAUCUACAGAUGCAAAACUUGGUCUUGUUUCAUGGGUUGAAGCAGAGUCAUUGCGGCAUUUAUCAGCCAAGUACUGUCCACUGGUCCCUCCUCCAAGGUCGACUAUUGCAUCAGCCUUUAGUCCAGAUGGAAGAACUCUCGCUUCUACACAUGGUGACCACACUGUAAAAAUUAUUGAUUGCCAAACUGGAAGCUGUUUAAAGGUUUUGACUGGUCAUCGGCGGACACCCUGGGUGGUUAGGUUCCACCCAGUGCACCCAGAAAUACUUGCAAGUGGGAGCUUGGAUCAUGAAGUUCGCCUCUGGGAUGCAAAUACUGCAGAGUGUAUAGGAUCACGUGAUUUUUACCGCCCAAUUGCUUCCAUUGCUUUUCAUGCCCAAGGGGAACUUCUUGCUGUAGCGUCAGGUCACAAGUUGUACAUAUGGCACUACAACAGGAGAGGGGAGACAUCUUCGCCAAGUAUUGUGCUGAAGACACGGCGUUCACUUCGUGCUGUGCAUUUCCACCCUUAUGCCGCUCCGUUUCUUCUAACUGCUGAGGUGAAUGAUCUUGAUUCUCCAGAUUCUCCAAUGACAAUAGCAACAUGUCCGGGUUACUUACGUUAUCCUCCUCCUACUGUACUUUUUGCAAAUAUUCAUUCUAGUGUCCGUUCGGGUUUGGAUGCUAGAGUACCUCUUAUACAAUUUCCUUUCUUGUUCUGGCCUACGGUUGCAAGAGAUGAUGGAAGGAUUUUGCAGCAUGCUAACAGGACGUUUACUUCAACUACCUCUCGGAGAGUGGAAUCUUCCGCUCCCAUCCAACCUCAAUCUGAUCCCAACUUAGGGAACCAACAUGAUUUUCUAGUGUCUCAUAUGGAGAUGUCACCUGUGAUACCUUCUAGUUCCCAUUCUGUACCGGAAGGCACAGUAAAUGAUAGUUUCUCGAUGGAGAUGGACAACAUGGUUUAUGACUCUGCAAUGGAUGUGGAAAACAGUGAAGGUCUAAUAGGGGAUGUUCAGCAAAGCACCUGUCCUGUCCCGGACACAAUGGAUGCAGGCAGCAAUGUACCACCACUCAAUUUUCAGUCUAGUGGAGUAUGUAUCCGAACUACCACAAGGCCACUGAGACCUGGAGUGGAGGUCACAUCUGGUAUCCAUCUUUUAAAUCUUUCUAGCAAUGCAGGCCUUCAGUUGCUCCUAAGAAGUGCUGAGGUUGGUCAACUUGACCGGACUUUCACCUUCAGUGAUCCUAUGUCUUGGGAGCUACCUUUUCUACAAGGCUGGCUAAUGGGACAAAGCCAUGCUGGCAUACAUCCGAUACUUCCUAUAAAUGAUGGCGCAGUUGACAAUUCAUCUGGAUUUCAUGGAACUGAUUCUGAUACGUUGGCAUCUGAUUUGGGUACUCAAAGCAUGGCGACUAUGAUGGCUUCCACAGUAAUGCCAACAGGUGUUAGCCGGCCCGGGAUUGCAGGACAAUCUGUAAUGCCAACAGGUGUUAGCCAGCCCAGGAUUGCAGGACAAUCUGGCCUGCGAUCUCAUUCUUCACGUUCCCGCUCAAUUGCGCCUAAUGGAUCUGGGGAGGGUGCUUUUAUUAAUGUCACACAUGAUGAAAGUGAUCCUCAGCCUGUUGUUAGUAGGAUUGAAUCUGAACUUGCAACAUCCUUGGCAGCAGCGGCAGCUGCAGAGUUACCUUGCACUGUGAAGUUAAGGAUAUGGCCUCAUGACAUAAAAGAUCCCUGUGCUCCACUAGAUGCUGAAAGAUGCCGAUUAACUAUCCCACAUGCUGUCCUUUGUAGUGAAAUGGGUGCUCAUUUUUCUCCUUGCGGGAGAUUUUUAGCAGCAUGUGUUGCAUGUAUGCUUCCUCAUAUGGAAGCGGAUCCUGGGUUACAAUCACAAGCCCAUAAUGAUGUCCCAGGGACUGCAACCUCGCCGACACGACACCCUAUUUCUGCUCACCAAGUUAUGUAUGAGCUUCGCAUAUAUUCCCUUGAGGACGCAACCUUUGGUCUGGUGCUUGCAUCACGGGCAAUUAGAGCUGCUCAUUGUUUAACCUCAAUUCAGUUCUCGCCCACAUCUGAGCAUAUAUUAUUGGCCUAUGGUCGACGCCAUAGCUCACUUCUGAGAAGUAUUGUUAUUGAUGGGGAAACAACCAUGCCUAUUUAUACAAUUUUGGAGGUAUACAGAGUUUCAGAUAUGGAGCUUGUUAGAGUGCUUCCUAGUGCAGAAGAUGAGGUCAAUGUUGCAUGCUUUCAUCCUUUGGUUGGUGGAGGUCUUGUUUAUGGAACUAAGGAAGGGAAGCUUAGAAUCCUUCAGCAUGAUGUUUCACGUGGUAGAAAUUGUACUGGACCCAAUAUCUUUCUUGCGGAAAACAUGCUUGAGGUCCAGACAUAUGCUUUGGAAGGCUGAAAAUCAUUGAUUAUUGUCAGGUACAAGCAUGUAUGUGUGUGUGUGUGUGUGCGCGCAAUCAAUACUUGGUAUGCGACUAUGGAAUGGAAACCAGCUAGCCUUUUUGGUCUCCAAUUUCCGUAUUUACCUUAACAUGUAAUCUUUACAACGUACUUUUUUGUUUCUUUGUUCAGAAAAUAGAAAAUCAUUGUAUCAGGAAAUCAGACGCUGGCAUUGGAAUCAAUCUAUCAAAGUUGCAUUCUGUAA